UCGAAUAUCCUACAAUCAAAAUGAUGAAGUUGAUUGCUGUUGUCUUUUCUGCUGUCUUGACCCUUUCGACUGCCGCCCCUAAACCAGGUUUAGUGGCUGCUUCUUACAGUUCACCUGUAUUAGCUAGUGCUCCAGUCGUACACGGUGCUCCAGUAGUAGCUAGUGCUCCAGUAGUAGCUGCCGCUCCCGCUGUAGCCUACUCUUCUCCAUUGGCUUAUUCUUCUGGAUACGUAGCCCCAACAGUUGCUCAUCAUGUCGCUCAUCCGGUAGCUCCAGUAGCCUACUCCUCGUAUGCAGCCCCAGUAGCUCAUUUGGUUUGAAGAUUACGUUUGAUGUUUUAUACUUGACAUAUUGA